CCCGGGAGUGACGCGCGGCUCCCGGCACCUGCCAGCAUGGAGGCGGCGGGGGAAGGUGGCGGCGCGGCCCCGGCCCCGGCUCUGGCCGAGCUGCUGGCGGACGAAUGUUAUUCUGAUUUCUUCAGAGAAGACUUUGAUGUGAAAGCUUACACUUCCCAGUCUAUCCAUCAGGCUGUGAUAGCCGAGCAACUAGCAAAACUUGCCCAGGGUAUUAGUCAGUUGGAUAAAGAGCUUCAUUUACAAGUUGUUGCAAGACAUGAAGACCUAUUGGCCCAAGCAACUGGAAUUGAAUCCCUGGAAGGUGUCCUCCAAAUGAUGCAGACUAGAAUUGGUGCUCUUCAAAGUACUGUCGAUAGAAUUAGAGUCAAAAUUGUUGACCCCUACAACAAAAUAGUGUCUCGCACUGCUCAGCUAGCAAAACUUCAAGCUGCCUGUGACUUGCUGCGCAGGAUAAUACGCAUUUUGUAUCUUACUAAGAGACUUCAAGGACAACUGCAAGGAGGAAGCAGAGAGAUAACAAAAGCUGCCCAGAGUCUCAAUGAACUUGAUUACCUUUCUCAAGGGAUAGAUCUCUCUGGAAUAGAAGUAAUUGAAAAUGACCUGCUUUUUAUUGCAAGAGCUCGGCUUGAGGUGGAAAAUCAAGCUAAAAGGUUGCUUGAGCAAGGUGUGGAAACUCAGAAUCCUACUCAAGUGGGAACUGCUCUUCAGGUUUUCUAUAACCUUGGGACUUUGAAGGAUACCAUUGCUACUGUGGUGGAUGGAUACUGUGUAGUCCUAGAGGAGAACAUAAAAAAUGCUUUGGAUAUCAAAGUAUUGACUCAAACUGUUACAAGGGGUGGCCCUGGUAGAGCUGCAAUGCCAACACCUGGGAACACAGCAGCUUUUCGAGCAGCCCUCUGGACGAACAUGGAGAAGCUCAUGGAUCAGAUCUGUGCUGCUUGCGGACAGGUUCAGCAUUUGCAGAAAGUAUUAACAAAGAAAAGAGAUCCAGUGUCUCAUGUUUGCUUCAUAGAGGAAAUAGUUAAGGAUGGCCAGUCUGAUAUUUUGUACAAAUUUUGGACUGCAGUAACUCAGACACUUUCCUCUCAGUUUCAGACAGCAACAGACUCCUCUAUGUUUUUGAAACAAGCUUUUGAAGGAGAAUACCCUAAAUUACUGAGGCUUUAUAAUGACUUAUGGAAGCGCCUGCAACAGUAUAGUCAAAAUAUUCAGAGGAGUUUGAAUACAAGUGGAACUACUGAUUUCUUUGCUGACCUACAACAUAUGGAAGAAGAUACACAAGAUUUAUUCAUGCAAAAAACUGAAGAUUAUGAUCCAGAAAAGGCCUUGAAAGAUUCACUGCAACAAUAUGAAGCUGCCUAUUUGUCAAAAUCUUUAUCUCGACUCUUUGAUCCCAUCAACCUUGUCUUCCCUCCUGGAGGUCGGAAUCCUCCUUCUUCUGAUGAGCUUGACAGCAUCAUUAAAACUAUAUCCAGUGAGCUAAAUGUGGCUGCUGUUGAUCCAGACCUGAGUUUAGCUGUUGCGAAAAACGUGGCAAAGACCAUUCAGCUCUACUGUGUAAAGUCUGAGCAGCUGCUGUCUACUCAAGGAGAUGCCAGCCAGGUGAUUGGACCACUCACAGAGGGGCAGAGGAGGAAUGUGGCUGUAGUUAAUUCACUGUACAGACUGCACCAGUCAGUCCAGAAGGUUAUUACCAAUCAGAGCUCAUUUCCAGCAGCUGCUGAGCAAACAGUUGCAACAGCCUUAAAGGCAGUCCAUGAUCUAAUGGGCAGUGCUGUUCAGCUCUUACUGAGCUCUGUAGGGGAUUCAAUAGAAGCUAUCAUCAUCACUAUGCACCAGGAAGAUUUUUCUGGAUCAUUAUCCAGCUCAGGAAAACCAGAUGUCCCUUGUUCUCUGUACAUGAAAGAACUUCAGGGUUUUAUAGUAAGAGUUAUGAACGACUACUUCAGGCAUUUUGAAUGUUUUGACUUUGUCUUUGAUAACACUGAAGCCAUGUCUCAAAGAGCAAUUGAGCUCUUUAUUCGCAACGCUAGUCUAAUAAGGCCCCUUGGUGAAGGUGGGAAGAUGCGGCUUGCGGCUGAUUUUGCACAGAUGGAGUUAGCAGUAGCACCGCUGUGUCGGCGAGUUGCUGACCUAGGGAUGCCUUACAGACAGCUGAGGUCAUUCAGACCACUGCUGUUCCAGACCAGUGAGCAUAUUGCCAGUAGCCCAGCUCUGGGAAAAGUCAUUCCAUUCAGCACUAUUCUUCAAUUCUUAUUUACAAGAGCACCAGCAGAGUUAAAAUCACCCUUCCAGAGGGCUGAGUGGUCUAUUGCCCGCUACUCCCAGUGGCUGGAUGAUCAUCCAUCUGAAAAAGACAGGCUUGCUCUGAUACGCGGUGCACUGGAAGCUUAUGUUCAAUCAGUAAGAACAAGAGAGGGAAAGGAAUUUGCCCCUGUGUAUCCCAUAAUGGUUCAGCUGCUGCAGAAAGCGAUGUCAUCUCUUCAGUGAACAUUACCUGGCUGAUGAUCUCAAAAUAAGGUGGGGAUUAAAACUUGAGUGCAACAGACCUGCUUCUGGUUUAUGUAAAUUACUCCCAAAUACAUCAGCUUUAGAGUGAGACCUGUUUGCCUACAAUUCACCUGUGAACAUUCUGUCCUCAUGCUUUAUGUCUGCGUUAUAGGAACUUCUUUCUACGCAACUAUUAGGAGGAAAUUGUACAGUUUCUAUGUGCUUACUAUAAGCCUACUUCUAACAAAAAUGAGUUUGUCUUUAGCAUUUGAGUUUAGAAAGGUAUAAAAUUAGAGCAUAACCAUUGCAGUACAAUUGCUGAAUAUCUCAAAUAAGAAAUAGCUCUUUUCCUACAAGUACCGUUUUGAACAGCUGGAUACUUGUUAGCCUUAUUCAGAAAAUGGUACUUUUGAAGUGCCAGAAUUACCAGCUUCCGUCUCACACAAUGCAAAGUAUUUCUAAGUAACAUAAAUGAUUCUCUAUUGCAUUGCUCUUUGCUUUAAUUUAUAUUGAUUUCAACUUUUUGCUUAAACUGCAAUAAAGAACAAUGACUAAA